AUGUUUUCCUUUCAGUUGUGUGUCUCUCUAGUAUAUCUUCUUCGUGCGCGCGUCCUUGUUGAUAGUGGUGGAGAUGGAAAAGUGCUUCUCUUCUGGUUAAAGUGGUUAGGGUUUGAGUGUUCCGUCUUGAAGGGAUUCGUGCUUCGGUGUCAGAUUUGGUUUUUCGCAGAUCUUCGUUCGGUUGAGAUAUCGAAUUCAAAGGACGGCGAGAUGUCAGAGCUUUGA